AUGUCUAAAAUUAAAUAUCUACUUCUCCUCUCAAGACAAGGGAAAGUAAGGUUAAUCAGAUGGUAUCGUUCUUACGAUCAGAGGGAAAAGGCCCUAAUACUAAGAGAAAUCACCACUACGGUUUUGUCGAGAAAACCAAGAAUGUGCAAUAUCCUCGAAUACCAGGAUCAUAAAAUUGUCUACAAAAGAUAUGCUAGCUUGUUUUUCAUUUGCGGUAUAAGUCCUGAAGACAAUGAGCUAUUGACAUUGGAAAUAAUACAUAGAUUUGUAGAAUCUAUGGACCGCUAUUUUGGAAAUGUGUGCGAAUUGGAUAUUAUAUUUAACUUCUCGAGGGCAUACAACAUACUGGAUGAGUUAAUUAUGUGUGACGGGGCAUUUGUGGAAUCCAGUAAGACUUCUAUCUUGACAAGCAUGGCAAUUAUGGAUUCUGUAGAAUCCAAUGAUAGCUUGGAAAAGGUGUUAAGUUGA